AUGUCCUCCAAAACCUACGAAUACGACGUCGCAAUGUCCUGCUCCGGCUGUUCCGGUGCCAUCGAGCGAGUCCUUAAGAAGUGGCAGACUACUUAUCCCGAAUUAACCUACGUCGUCUCGCUCGAAACGCAGAAGGUCCAGGUUACGACUGAUUUACCAUACGAUACGGUUUUUGAGAAGAUUAAUAAGGUGAAGCCGAUUUCGGCGGGGAGGGAGGUUGAAGUUGCUUAA